CAGUAUCAUCAUGACGCAUCUUCAACAUAGCCUUCUCUGCUGAAGCUUCCUCUUAACUAACCUUGACGAGACGUUGCCCCUUGUUGGGUAACGUUGGAGAAGUAGCAACAUUUGGAGCAAACGUGGGACCUAAAUAUGUGUCAUUUGUGCUGCAAAGCUGCCCAUCCGUCUGGCAGGAAAAGAGCUACCAUGGGCUAUCGCGCUAACGCUAGCUAAGUUAUUGGACCUAAUCGAUACCAAUUCGAACCUCUUGCUCGGACAGCUACACUUGACCCUGAACUUAAUGCUGCUCCGGUGACGAGGCAUUGACAUCGGUUGUUACAUCGACAGGACAUUAUACAAAAUUGUGUCACAACGAAGAGCCUGGCUUAUCAAAUUUUAGGCCACAAAUGAAGAUGAAGACGCUUAUGAGAAAGUAGGAGGACUGAGCAUUCGUCAGGGUCAUGAAUCUUCAUCAGGUCCUCACAGGGGCAGUUAACCCUGGGGACAAUUGUUUCUCUGUAGGAAGCGUCAACAAUGUACCAUUCACGGCAUAUGCAUCUGGCUGUGACGUGGUCAUUUUGGGCAGUGACUUUGAAAGAGUGCAAAUCAUCCCGGGGGCCAAACAUGGAAAUAUUCAGGUGGGGUGUGUGGACUGCUCGCUGCAUGGAGGACAGAUUGCAGCUUCCUAUGGAAGCGUUGUAUGCAUCUUUGAGCCAGUUCAGCAUUCAGAUCAAAAAGACACAUCUAUGACAAAAUUGAACUGCCAAUGGCAGAAGAAUGUCCAGUUUGCUUUGCAGUCUAUGGUGCGCAACCUGGCAUGGCACCCCAAAGGGAGCAUGCUUUUAACGGGCUCCAGUUGCCUGCAGUUAUGGUCUCAUUUUGAUGGUGGAAAAGAUACUGCAGGAGGAAAGCAGCCAGAAAUACAAGAUUGCCAUUGUACUUGGAGUUGUAUUUGGCAAAGCAAAACCGCCUCUCCAGUAAGUUUAAUGAAGUUUUCUCCGGAUGGAGAAUUUUUUGCUACUGCUGGGCAGGAUGACUGCCUAAUUAAGGUGUGGUACAGCACUAGUAAGUGGAAAUCUGGAGGUUUCAGACUUUUCAGCCCUCCAGAAUCAAGUGUCAAAUUUAAGGGAGAGCUAACAUUUUCAUUUGUCUACCUGGCCCAUCCACGUUCUGUUAUUGGCUUCUCUUGGAGGAAGACCAGCAAGUACAUGCAACGGAGCUCAGUGUGUAAUGUCCUACUUACCAGCUGUAAGGACAGUGUUUGUCGGCUCUGGGCUGAGACGAUGUUGCCCGGGGACAGUCUCCUAUCGGGGCACCAUGGUAACCAGCACAGUGAUGCCCAGAGAUCUACCAGCUCUUCCAAAAUCUGCAAUGGAACACUACAGGAACCUUUUUAUCUCGACGUUCCACAAUGCCCGCUCACUGGCGGCCUGCCUCACAACCAAAGCCGGCACUACAACCACAAGAAGGGCAGCAACAACCUUCCCCAUGCCAAUGCGCUGUGUCACUUUCACAUCGCAGCCAGCAUCAACCCUGCCACAGACAUUCCACUUCUUCCCUCCAUAUCAUCCCUGAGUGCUGGGGAGGAUGAGGAGCCUGGAGGUCUUUUCACUGUUCAUUGGCUCAACAACAAAGAGCUUCACUUUACGUUAGCUAUGGAUGUCUUCCUGCAGCAAUUUUGUGGCAGCCUGGAGCAACACAAUGAAUGCUGUCAAGAAGAUCUUGAAAAUGAGGAUAACUUUGAAGAUGAAGAGGGCACCAGGCCAAGGGAGCCUCAAGGAUCUGAUGGCACAGCACCUCAGUUAGCAGCAAUGGAACACCAAGUAGAUGUGCUUUUAGAUGAGUGGAACAAAGGAGCAGACAUGCUGUUCAGCAUUCAUCCCAUGGAUGGCUCCCUAUUGGUCUGGAAUGUGGACUGGCUAGAUGAAUAUCAUCCUGGAAUGUUUAGACAAGCUCAGGUGUCAUUCGUGUCCCGUAUACCUGUGGCAUUUCCUGCAGGGGAUGCCAUCUCCCUCAGUCAGAGUGUCGUCAUGUAUGCUUGCAACAAGAAUGUGGAUUUGGCCAUCCAGCACGGCAGACAACGACCACCUGGGAACACACUGCACCAGACUAAAUCUGUGCUUAUUAGUUAUGGCCGUCAAGGGAAAGCAGCUCCAAGCAGCAGUCUUAGACUGAGCAUUUUCACUCCCAAUGUGCUUAUGAUUUCCAAGCAUGACGAUGGCUCCCUCAACCAAUGGGGUGUGAGUUUUGCGGAGGAUUCCGCAUUUUCCACAGUGUUAAGUGUUUCUCAUAAGUCAAGGUAUUGCGGUCAUCGCUUCCACCUUAAUGACCUUGCCUGCCACUCUGUGCUGCCUCUGCUUCUGACCACCUCACACCACAAUGCUUUGAGGACCCCCGAGGUGGACAGCAUCCUUGCCCCACCAGAAGUCUUCUCUGGUUCCCGCGGCUCACGGCCCAGCCGGUUGUCCCUGGGCGGCGUUUCCCAAGAUCCUAAUGCAAUCUACAGUGAGCUGAUUUUGUGGCGGGUCGACCCCGUGGGGCCACUGUCUCUGUCCGGCGGAGUGUCUGAAUUGGCUAGGAUCAAUUCUCUUCAUUCAUCAGCUUUUGCCAAUGUAGCCUGGCUACCCACACUCAUCCCCAGCAGCUGUUUAGGUGCAUACUGUAACUCCCCAAGCGCCUGCUUUGUCGCAAGUGACGGCCAUUCACUCAGGCUUUAUCAGGCGGUUAUUGAAGCCAAGAAACUCCUCAGCGAGCUCUCCAAUCCUGAGAUAUCCAAAUACGUUGGCGAAGUGUUCAACAUUGUCAGUCAGCAAUCAACUGCUAAACCAGGGUGUAUCAUUGAGCUGGAUGCUGUUACCGACUUUCAGGGAAAGGAGACGCAGCUCCUGCAUGUAUUUGAGGAGGAUCUAAUACUUGGCUGCGAUAGACCAGACAGCUCACAAGAAAUGACGGAUUCAUCUCCUUCUGCCUAUAACAAGCCCACCUUUACUGCAAGUUUUUUUCUUGUGGUUGUUGAAUUAACCCCUAGUGGUCGCUCCCUACUACAAAUGUGGCAUCUUCACCUUGCGGCAAAACCUGUCACCAUGGAUGAGACUUUCUCCCCGCGAAACGCCCCCACAGCUGCUUCAACCAGCCGCUCAGAGUUUAACUUUGAUGCCUUCAGUUCGCCAAUAAUUCAGAAGAGUAAACCCUGCACCUCCAAUCUGCAGAGUGCGUGUCGGCUUGGUCUUGUCACACAGCGGCUCUACAACCAAGAAUUGCCUCUGCCAGUCGGAGUGGAGGCCAUCAGCGUUACACCUGCAGCAGGUCAUCUUAGUGCAUCGUGUUCCCUGCCAGCUGGCCGUGUGCCUUACCUCCUCGCUACUUCCUGUUCUGAUGGAAAGGUGCGUUUCUGGAGGUGUAAUGUCACAGCGUCUGAAACGUCUAGUAAUGACAAGUCUGUGUAUGAGUGGGAAGAGUGGCCUCUCUUCGUAGAAGAGAGGCUUCCCAGUUGCAGUGCUGUGAGUGUGCCAGGUCAUCCCGUUCAAGUCAGUUGCUGUCACACUGGACGGAUGGCGGUUGCCUACAGGCAGACAACACCUGACACACCUCCUAACUUGACACCUCAGCUAAACACUCAAAGGCUUUUGACUUUCCCUCCCGCCCUGGCUUCUUCACCUUAUUUGUACCAGGAGAACAUCAACCAUCAUGUCACGCCAACUGUGACUGUGCAGCACAGUGCAAAUGUGUCUUCUUCCCUAGCAAGUGCCAGAGAACAGUUGGUUUACAUCGGCAUUUUUCAGUGUGAAUCUACGGGAGGUUCACAGUGGAUUCUAGAGCAGACAAUCGUAUUGGAUAAAACUGAUCCAAUCAACACGCCAUCUCCAUGUGGAAACGCGGACUUGUCUUUGCCCAAUGAGCUUUGCCUUAGUUCUGCUCAUAAGAGCUUAGUUCACUUAGACUGGGUCUCCCAAGAAGAUGGGUCACAUGUUCUGACUGUUGGAAUAGGGACAAAAAUUUACAUGUAUGGUCGUCUGUCUGGCAAACCUCCUGAACUUUGCCUGACAUCUGAUGGCAGUCGAGACCAAAGCUUUUCGCGCCUGGUUAUGCUUCGAUCAGUUGACCUAGUCUCUUCUGUUGAAGGCUCGCCGCCCAUCCCAGUCUCCCUCUCCUGGGUGCGCGAUGGCAUCUUGGUAGUAGGUAUGGACUGUGAAAUGCAUGUCUACUCCCAAUGGCAGCCCCCACCACUGCUCAAAGCCAAUGCUGCCAUAGUUCAGGACACAGACAUCUGUAGUAGUGUGUCUUCCAUCGUCUCAGCGGUAAGACAAAGCCAAGAGGAUGGGCCAAAUCUUGGGCCUCCCACAUCCUUCCUGGCUCCUCCUAAAAAGGCCCUAACAAGGUCAAUGAUGAGCCUGGCUCAGAAGCUCAGUGGAAAGAGAACAGUCUAUGACCUUCCCUUGGAGAUGGAGGAUUCUGGACUCUUUGAAGCAGCUCAUCAGCUCUUUCCUACACUGCCUCAGUACCACCCAGUACAAUUGUUGGAGCUCAUGGAUCUCGGGAAAGUUCACCGUGCCAAAGCUAUCCUCUCCCACCUGGUGAAAUGCAUCGCUGGGGAAAUAGUGGCUCUUAAAGACAAUGCUGCUAACCCAGAGAAACGUGUGCGCUCUCGAACGAUCAGUGCGGGAGGAAGCACUGCCAGAGAAAGGAAGAUGUUUGGCAAAGAUGAGAAUUCAACGCCGGACUACACAGAAAUAAGCUCCAUUCCUCCUCUUCCCCUCUAUGCUCUCCUUGCAGCUGAUGAGGACACGCCUCCAAAACCUGAAAAAGUAGGUAGUGUGAGUGGUGACAGCGGCCAUGGAUCCAGUCACACGGAUGCUUACGAUGAGUUAUUUCACACACCAAGCAUUGCGGACUUGGAUCCUAUGGCUCAAGAUGAGCAAGAAGAACCUGGGAACAAGGUAAUUGACUUGUCCCAGUACAGCCCCACAUACUUUGGUCCAGAGCAUGCGCAAGUUCUUUCCAGUCAUCUCCUCCACUCCAGUUUACCAGGCUUAACUCGCAUGGAGCAGAUGUCACUCAUGGCACUCGCUGACACCAUUGCGACCACCAGUACAGAGUUGAAAGACAGCCAGGACCAGAGCAAAGGCGGCGAGACACUGGAUGACUGCGGCCUGAAGUUUUUACUUGCUGUCAGACUGCACACGUUCCUAUCUACCUCUCUGCCGCCAGCCCAUAGAGCACAGCUUCUGCGGCAAGGCCUCUCGACAUGUCAUUAUGCCUGGGCUUUCCAUUCUGAAGCCGAAGAGGAGCUGCUUCAUAUGCUGCCUGCCCUCCAUCAGGGAGAGCCCACCUGGCCUGAGCUACGCUCCAUGGGUGUGGGCUGGUGGCUUAGGAGCACCAACAAGCUUCGCAGAUGCAUUGAAAAGGUUGCCAAGGCCACUUUUCAGAGAAGUAAUGAUCCUUUGGAUGUAGCCAUAUUUUACCUGGCAAUGAAGAAGAAGGCCGUGGUGUGGGGACUGUACAGAUCACAGAAAAAUGCCAAGAUGACUGAAUUUUUCCGCAAUAACUUCAGUGAAGACCGAUGGAGGAAAGCAGCCUUGAAAAAUGCCUUCUCUCUGUUGGGAAAGCAGCGUUUUCAUCAUUCAGCAGCCUUCUUCCUUUUAGCCGGCUCGCUUAAGGAUGCAGUAGAGGUGUGUUUAGAAAAACUGCAGGACCUUCAGCUGGCCCUUGUGAUAUCCAGACUGUAUGAGUCAGAGUUUGAGACGGCAUCCACCUACAAAAAGAUCCUCCAGAGACAUGUGCUGGGACACGAUAAACAGAUACCAAUGCAUCAGGAUCCCUUCCUGCGAAGCAUGGCCCACUGGGUCCUGGAGAACUACAGCAAGGCCUUGGACACACUCUUAGUGCAGAAUACCAGUAACGCAAAGUCAGGGUCCACUGACACUGGUUCCGCGUCCUCAAGUAACGCUGAGGUUUUCAACUUCUACACCUAUCUCUGUACCCACCCACUCCUCCUACGUCGCCAUUUCGGCUCCUCUGACAAGGCCAAAGUCGCCCUGACAGCAGAGGGUCGUAGGGCUGACUCCAUUAGCCUGGAGGAGAGACGACUCUUCUUCACUGCCGCGUACGCUCACCUGCAAGCAGGAUGUCCAAUGCUUGCACUGGAAGUCCUUUCCAAGAUGCCCAAAGUCCGCAAAUGUUCCAUACUCAAUCAGGAGUCUGCCGAGGUCAGCGCUGGGAGUAAGAACGGGCCAUUAUCAGACCAGGAUUGGUCCGAGCCUGCUUUGAAUGGCUACGAGUCAGGCGGGGGAAGUUUGUCUAACAGCCGAUCGGAUUCAGUGUUGAGUUUUGACUGGAGCCAGCCAUCACUCACACAACCAGAUGAGCCUUUGGAGCUAAAGUGGGACAGUGAUAAAGAUGAGGAGGAGGAGGAAAGUAAAACUGUAAGAACUGCAGACAACAGCAGUGCGUUCAACGACACGCAGUACGACAUGUUGCCUCCAAUGGGGGCAGUGGCAACCGAGGAUACUGAAGACAACAGUGACUUCAUCGACCCUUCUGAAGAUGUCUUGGUCGCCCAGCUGAAGUUUACCGCCUGCUUGAAGAUUCUGACCAAUGAGCUGCGGACGCUUUCAACAGGGUACGAACUAGAUGGAGGAAAACUACGUUAUCAGCUGUACCAGUGGCUAGAAAAAGAGGUGGUGACGCUCCAGCACUGUUGCAGUUACAAGCCCUGUCUUCUAGAGGCGUCAACUCUUGAAGAUGCACCUAUCUCUCAGUUGAUGGGGGAUGACCUGGCCGCAAGCCCUUUCAGUGACAUGCAGAGAAGCAGGAGACACUGGCUGAAGAGUAACCAGCCCCUUCUGAGGAUGUUCCUGAGUUACUGUAGCUUGUAUGGCUCCCACGGUGGAGGACUGGCCUCUGUUCGCAUGGAGCUGAUUUUACUGCUUCAAGAAUCUCACCAGGAUAACUGUGGCCCAACAGCUGUGGCGACAUGUUCCCAGCACACCACAAUUCCUCUCUUGAUGGCUUGUACAGCCAAUGUUAAGACGGUGGUGGCCAAUCCUAUUGUUUACCUGACCAACCUCACGCAUGAUAUUCUGCAGACCAUGAACGCGCUCAACUCUCCUCCACAUCCAGAUGUUGUUAAUAACGAGAUAUACGUAAUGCACACCUUGGCUGCCUCCUUGUCUGCUUGUAUAUAUCAGUGUCUAUGUGACGGGCACUAUAGUCACGUGAACAACUUCACAGGAAUGGUGUAUCAGAGUGUUUUGCUCUAUGACAAGCAGCCAGCGAGAACCACCAGCAUGGAUGGCUCCAUUCAGCCAAACACUUCCCCUGCACAGUGGCCAGGUAUCACCUCAAUGAUCCGUCUGUUGAGUUCAGCGGGGGAUGAGAGUCAGCCGGGCUUAUCUGUGCUGCUCUGUGAGAUCCUGACAGCUGUUUACCUUAGCCUCUUUGUUCACGGCAUGGCCACUCAUUCAAGCAACGAGCUCUUUCGCAUCAUGGCCCACCCUCUCAGCAGCAAGCUCUGGGUGACUGUGUUCGGAGGAGGUGCGAGAACCCCUGUCAUUGAGAAAGCCAACAGUCCGGGAAAAACUCCACCGCCAGCUUCACCAGAAACUGACGCCUUUGAGAAGAAGCCCAGAAGGUUUCGACUGCUUUCACGCAGUGGCUCAAAGGAGGAAUCCGAAAAGGAGCCUCCUUCCAGUCCCAAGCCUGCACCUGUAGUGGACCAGGAAGCCACUUCCAUUUUCAAAGAGUUCUUCGUCCCACCAGAACUCAGCAUUUGGGAUUACUUUAUUGCAAAGCCCGUCCUACCACCGUCAGAAAACACAGUUCAGUAUGACUCAGAAGACAGCCAGAGCAGUGAUGAUGAAGAGGAGGGUGAAUAUGAUGAUCUAUUUGACCCCAACUCUCCUCAAAAAGAACAUACCAACUACAAUUCAUACAGUUGGUGUUUAAUGCGCUUGGCAAUGGUUCAGCUGGUACUAGUCAACCUGAAGUCUUUCUACCCGAUGGCAGGAUAUGAUCUAUUGGACCUGCCUGCGGGCUCCCCACUAUGUCACAGUGUUCUGAAGACACUGCAGCGCUGGGAGCAGGUGCUGCAGAAAAGACUAGAAAUCUUUGGAGGCCCCCCCUCCAAGUAUAUCUUCACACAAUCCCAGGAGGAAGCCAUCCCACCAGGCCCUGCCCUCCUCAGACACAAGGCACUCUUUGAACCAUCCAAUACCCCAUUCAGGACAAGCCAUCAUUCAGCGCUCCCUGUCAAGCGCCUUUGGCAGUUUUUGGUAAAGCAGGAUGAAGUGCAGGAGACGUUCAUCAAAAAUAUAUUCACCAAGAAACGUGAUGCCGCCGAGUUGGUUGAGGACCAGACUGAUAUGAAAUGUUCAGGGAUGGACGAGACAGGAAACCAUCAGACUGAGUCAGAUACGGGCUGCCCUGGAGGAAAGGCUCGCAUCAUUCACAAGGAGUCAGAUAUCAUCACGGCCUUUGCCAUCAACAAGGCUAAUCGUAAUUGCUUAGUCAUGGCCUCUACACAUGACAUUCAAGAGUUGGAUGUGUCAUCCAUCUUGGCCACACAGAUCUUGACGUGGAUCGAUGAUGAGGAGGUUGAAGCUAAAGGAGUGGGCACAGAGGACUUCCUGGUGGUCCAUGCACAUGAUGAUUUUGUCAGCCUGCACGGCACUACACCAUACACUCGCAGCAGCCCCGGCACACCCAUCAAUAUGCCGUGGCUUGGAGGCCAUCAGACAGGCCGGGGUGCUUCCGUGAUGAUCAAGAGAAAUAUCAACAAUGUAAGAAGAAUGACCUCUCAUCCCACGCUGCCAUACUACUUGACCGGAGCUCAAGACGGGAGCGUGAGGAUGUUCGAGUGGGGUCACUCCCAGCAGAUUAUUUGUUUCAGAAGUCCAGGCAAUUCCAGGGUGACCAGGAUUCGAUUCAACCAUCAAGGAAAUAAGUUUGGGAUUGUGGACGCUGACGGCGGUUUGAGUCUCUGGCAGACGAACACGACUGGGGCUGCUCCCAAACCCUAUCUGACUCUGCAGUGCCACAACAAGACGGCUCAUGAUUUUGUCUUUGUGGGCUCCUCCUCCCUCAUUGCCACUGCGGGUCUCUCCACGGACAAUCGGAACGUGUGUCUAUGGGACACUCUGGUGACCCCGAUUAACAGCCUUGUACAUGCCUUCUGCUGCCAUGAAUCUGGUGCAACAGUGCUGCUAAUGGCGCCCAGGCAGCAAUUGCUGGUCACAGGCGGGAGAAAGGGCUGGAUCAGCAUCCUGGAGCUUCCUCACAGACACCAGCGCCAGAGCUUCCAGGCCCACGAGUCGCCCAUCAAAGCCCUCGCUGUUGACCCAACCGAGGACUGCUUUAUCAGCGGUUCGGCCGAAGGCAGCCUCAAGGUGUGGAACCUGGCCACGCAGAGUCUGCUCUACUGCUUCCCCAACGAACACGCUCGCCAGUCUAUCUUCCGCAACCUGGGCACGGGCGUCAUGCAAGUGGAGGUGGGGCCGACCAAUCACAUCUACUCUUGCGGCGCCGACGGCACCAUGAAGAUGAGGAUCCUGCCCAACCGCUUCAGCGCCAACAACAGCCGCAGCCACGGCGACCUCAAGAACGACGUCAAGUUCAUCUCGUAGAAUAAGACUGAGAAGAUACUAUAUUUCUGUCUGCCAUUUCGGCGAAUAGCGCCGACGGGAGGUAAGAGCUCCUGAAUCUCCUCCUGGUUACCGCAGAUCGAUUGUAAACUGACCAUAAAAAAAGCACACCGGAUCCAGUCGUACAUUUCCGACAGAAUGCGGGGCUUUUAAAAGCACAUUCGAGGCGAAUCAAACACAGCUCGUGUAAUUUGCGGCAGUUGUAUGUCGGGAACAAGGUGAGAUCUGUGCCUAGAGUAGCUUCAGGGAGGUUAGAGUUAAGACCGGUUGACUCGCCGAGCCCGCGAAAAACCUUGCAACUUUUCCCGCUCGGUGAGCAGCUAGUUAGACUGUCACAUCGAUUUGCACAUGACCAUGAAGUUACAUCUCAAAAUGAAAAGAGGUGUGUUUUCCCUGCAAAUUUACACACUGAUGCCAUUCAGUCACCGACUCUUUGGCAACACCUUUAUUUUCGUUUCACUCUGAACUUUCACACUAAAGCCCAAUAUCUUUUUGUGAGUCGUGUCAGAUGUUAUUAAAGCAGUUCUGAAGAACAUAAGUAACAUGCGAUGUACAGCACAUUAUAUAGAGACCGAUAUAUAUAUAUAUAUAUAUAUAUAUAUUCCUCGCCAAUUGUAUGAAGUGUCCUUAAUAUUUGACUACUGACUAGCUGUAGUGGUCUUUGUACAAAGUUGCACAAACCGUAGCUUUAAUUUAAAAUGGGUGUGUGAGCAACUUUUAACCGUUUAUUUGUACAGAUGUUUUAUUCCGAUAACACCACACUUUCUGAUAUUUCAGUGAAUUAAAAUUGAUUUUUUUGGGGGAUUGUGGUUUUCUCACCAUUCGGUCUUUUAUUUCUGCCGUCAUUCAUCUACACAUGUGAAGGAUUGAGACAUUUUAUGUUGCUCAAGGGACAAAAUGUGUGCUACUUUUAACUUCCCAGAGGAUGACAACAUGGUGUUUUGAAGGUACAAGGCAUGAUGGUGCCACACUGAAAAAACCAAAAGCUAUCGAAUUAUGAGUUUACACUUGAGAACAAUGGCGUGGUGUUGCUGGAUGGAAUAGUCUUAGGUUUUGUGAAAAUAAAGCUGCAAUAUUACAAGAUGUUCUUUUGUAUGAGGGUGAAGUUUAAAUAUUGCAUUUAAUGGACAUGUGUUUGUAUGUGGUGGGGGAAAAAAUGAAAACUUAAUAUUAAUUACAUAAUUGUCUCCUUCUACUUGUAAUUUGGCAAUAAUGUUUCAGGACACAAAUGUCUUAUUACAAAUACAAUCGUUGAUCGGCAUUUUAACCUUAAAAUGAGUUAUUACUAGCGCUACUAUACUAUUACAAUUUCCCCGACAUAAAACUGCAAUAUUUACUGGUAUCAAUGAGAUUUAAAAAAAAAUAUAUAAAACUUAUUUACAUAAAACUGCCACUUCUAAACACAUUUAAACUUUACUCUCAAUGUUACAAAAAAAACCCAUCUUUGCAACAAUUUGUAUUGUGAAAUGAAAACAGUUUAAAUUGGACUCUGUAAAUUUCAAACAAAUUCUCAGUUUCUUCACAUAGAAGCGUGGGUACGCCAUCUUGUUGGACAAUUGUGUAUAAAUCCAUCUCUAUUUGGGAAACGUGUAUUUUUUGCUUUAUUUUUUUUUUCCCCAAAACCUUGACAAAGCAUCUGGGAAAGGGGGUGGAAUGUGAACUCCCCGCACAUUAGGGAGUUAAAUAAGUUUUAUCCGAAGCCAAGCGGUUGCUUCUACACAAGCUGGAGAUUGAAAUAAAUUUUAUCAAAGCAAGUUUUCUUUCCUCAUUCAUAUUUUAUUGAAACAUUUCUAUACAGGUCCGUGAUUUGCUUCCAGGAAAACUUCCCCAAAUCAUUUUUUUUCAAAGAUUAAUGUUGUUACAGAAAAGAAAAAACAUGUCAUUUUAAUUAAGGUCAGGCAAUAGCUAUGGAUCCAUUCAAAGUGAGUAACUGAUUCAGAUUCUAACACCCCAGUCUUAAAGGGACAGACAACACCUAAUAUAAAUAACCGUUUGAAUGAUCAGGCAAAACGGGUAUGAAGUGGGCACGCACUCUAUACUAUAAUUUCUCCGUAAAUUGCGCCAACAUUUACAUAAUGAUAUACAAGUAGUCCCCGGGUUAUGACUAACUCAACUUUAUGAAGCUGGAAUCUUGUUUGCCAUUGUUGCCAGUGUUUUUUUUUUAAGCUGCGUGAAGAGUACCUUAUUUAUAACUUUAUUAACUUGAUGUGUUCUGUCCUCACUAUACGUGAAGUUGUUUCGCUUGACAGACAGCAAACAAGGCAAUUGUGGUUUUUGAAGCUUUUUCCCUUCCUUCACUUUGACAAUUUGUAAAGCUGUAGAACACUUAGGUUUAAAACGACACAUUUUAACGAUAAAACACCUGACCCAAAAAAGUUGGUGUUCAAACCGCCAUCUCGCCUGAUCAAAAUGUAAAUUUAGUAGAUUGCGAACUUUUGCUAGGCAAAUUAGGCUAAUGUAUUUACAAUUUUCAUUGCAAAUCGCUCGCACAUAACUCCACAAACUGUAGCUCUAAACUUAAUUAGAAACGCAUACACGAACAUAUUAGCUGAAAAAACUUAGGUGGGCCAAAUGAGAGGGUAGCUGUCCUAUUUUCGCAGUCGGACAUCUGUGCAUUAAUGGUGUCGCCAUAUUGAAGAGGGGGGGCAAAACACGAGUCAGCAGUUGCUCUGUCGUGCAUUGUAGUACAAACGCGUUGAACUUUUGUCUUAUUUGCGGUCUUUUUUCCUUUGGAAUGACUAAAAGUUGCCCUGUUGCGGGUUGUAACACAACUCGUGAGAAGAAAAGGACAAGCAAAUGGCUGAAAGCAAUCAAUCAAAGAACAGUAAGAGAAGACAGUUCUGUGGACCAUUCUCGCCAGUCGGAACCUAAAUCCAGGCACAUUUACAUUUGCAGCCAACAUUUUAUUACGAGUGAGCAAACUUUAAUCGAUUUUUUUUGCCCCAAUUAGCUGCUAGGAUUCAAUAGACUAGGCAGUGGGUAUUAUUACCGUAACCGACAACUCGCAAAGCGUUAUUUUUCUUUUGCCGUGAACUGCUCUGAUUGGUCAAUCGGUAUAUUAUUGGCCUGGUGGGAAGUGGUGAUUUUGCCGUGACGUGACUCAUGCACUGCAUUCUUGCCUCGUGACACCCCAUUUAGUUCUACGACCACGCUUCACGGCUAAAUAACGCUUGGAGGCGAAUUACUGGUUACGGCAGAAAUAAUCAUCCAUUUAUUUUCAUUUGUUUAAAAACAAAAAAUGCCAAGAAUUGAUAAAGUUCAACUUACUGGGCGACUUUAUGAGGUAGUUGUAGAUAUUUCCGAACUCCACUGCAGGCCAUUCCUUUGGAUUGUUUAUCCAGCUAUCAGCUGCGACUUUGUAUGGGCAGAUUUGCAAGCCACUACACGCUAAUCUUAAAUUGUAUCGCCUCUUCGCGUCUGUCGGCAGUGACUCGUGAUAAGUCAUUUUUAAGACGUUU